CAAUGACAGUCGGUUGUGACAAUCGCCAGGGAUCGUACUCGAUUUAGUCCGAAUAUAGAGUUCAGAGUUCUCUCAUUUAAAAAUAUAAAAAUUGUGUUUUUUUCGUAUAAAUUUAGAUCGGAACCGUCAAAGAAAUUUACCAUCCGCCGGGUUAUGUACAGGUUACAUGCAAUAGUUCUGAUCCUUUGCGGGAUUCUUAUAACGAUAAGUCGAGGUGAUACAAUUGAAGAUGGAACGAAACAGACCCAAUCGCAGUUUUGUAAAAAUGUUCGAUCACAACAUUCUUUGAAUAUACAAGAAAUUACAGGGUUGUGGUAUGGAAGUGAAAUAAUCGCACAUACCGAAAGCAGUCCAGGAACUUAUUACUAUGAUACUUGUGUUUUAAUUCAUUUGACCGAUAUCACGCAACAAAUGGCAGCAACAACAGAAAGGGCUUAUGCACAUGGCGGUAGUUAUAAAAAGUCACCUCAUCUACGACAAGAUCCGCAUAAUCGUUACUUACGACUGGCUUGGAAUGAAAGGGAAAAUGAUUUGGAAUAUACUCUUAACUAUACGGAAGCUAAUCCAGGUCUAUGGAUGAGUAUUGGUGAUCAGCGGGGGACGAUGUUAGACUUGCAGUACAGUCAAUUUCGGGGAACUAUUCAAGUGGCGAAGGCUGUACAUGAUCAUAUAGUUCUGACGUUUUGUGACUUCAAAGUGAAUAGUACGUUUUUCACGAUUGUACUAACGAGACAGAAGCAAGGAUUGGGAGAAGACGGUCUCCGAAGCAUUCGAUCACUUUUGGCACGACGAGGACUGGCAACCGACUCCAUACGAAAAGUAUGUUCAUCAAGUGCAACUCACAUUAUUUCUUCAAUGACACUUUCGAUAAUUCUGUCAAUGUUUCUCUUCUUACGUUCAAAUUGAUAUGAAGUAACAAACGUCCAUCAAAACUUACAGCCACUUUACAAUUCUCUGUCUCUUUAUAUUUACCAAUUAAUGUAAUCUAAUUUUUACAAUAAUAUUCUUAAGCUUUCUACCAUAGUUAUAUCAUUUUUAAUUUAUUUUAUUUUCUCUGGGACUUGCAAGUGGGCAGUUUUCAUUUGUUACUUUAGAAGACUAAGCAGCAUUAAAAAAUAAAAGUUAAACAAGUAAAAAUA